CCGUACCGUGUGGCAAUUGAUGAAUUGAAGUAUGAACUCGCGCGGGAGAUAAAACCCCUCUUCUCUCCUUUGUCUGCAACCUCGCCUAUUUUGACGAAAAUGGAAGUUAGCGGCGAUAGCCCAGCUGAAUCAAACAAGUCGAAAUCGAAAUCGAAAACGCCUAGAAAGCCCAAAGAUGCCCAGCUUCUCAAACAGAAAUCUCCGGCGGAGUUCUUUGCAGAUAAUAAGAACAUUGCUGGAUUUGAUAAUCCUGGAAAAUGUUUGUACACAACUGUUAGAGAGCUUGUUGAAAAUGCACUUGAUUCAGCUGAGGCUAUCGCAGAGCUUCCCGUCAUUGAAAUAACAAUUGAAGAAAUUGGGAGAAAUAAAUUCAACUCCAUGAUCGGUCUUGCUAAUCAUGAACGGGUUGAUGAAGCGCUAUACGAUGACUUUGAGACAGACAAGGCUCGUGAGAAAAGACUUGCCAAGGAAGCUCGUUUCCAAGAGACUCAAGCAAAGAAUGCUGCUCUUGGGAAGAAAGUUAAAGCACCAACAGCUUUUAAACCCACAAAAAGUCGUGAGGCCUCAUAUUAUCGGGUCACUUGUAAGGAUAAUGGUAGGGGAAUGCCGCACGAUGAUAUCCCAAACAUGUUUGGGCGAGUCCUCUCUGGAACUAAGUACGGCUUAAAACAAACCAGAGGAAAAUUUGGACUUGGUGCGAAGAUGGCUCUUAUCUGGUCCAAGAUGAGUACUGGGCUACCUAUUGAAAUUUUUUCUUCAAUGAAAGGCCAUACAUUUUCAUCGUUUUGCCGAUUAGACAUUGAUAUUCAUAGGAAUAUUCCUCACAUACAUGUCCAUGAGAAAAGAGAGAAUCAUGAAAGGUGGCAUGGAGCUGAAAUUCAGAUUGUAAUCGAGGGAAACUGGACAACCUAUCGUUCCAAAAUAUUGCAUUACAUGCGUCAAAUGGCUGUCAUCACUCCUUAUGCACAAUUUCUUUUCAAAUUUCUAUCAGAGUCUCCAGAUAAAAAUAUGAGCGUGAGAUUUGCUAGAAGGACAGAUAUAAUGCCACCAGCUCCUCUUGAGACCAAGUACCAUCCUUCAGCAGUUGAUUUGCUUUUGAUAAAAAGACUUAUUGCUGAAACUUCAAAGCAGAAUCUUUUGCAGUUUCUUCAGCAUGAAUUUGUGAACGUUGGGAAGUCCCAUGCUGAGCGUUUAAUUGGAGAAAUGGGUCCAGAUUUUUCUCCCAAAAUGGCUGUGAAGUCUCUUACAUCUCAGCAAAUUGUUCGCAUCCAUCAGUUGUUCCGUCAAGCAAAGUUUGAUGAUCCCAGUGGUGAUUGUCUUAGUCCUGCUGGAGAAUAUAAUCUACGAUUAGGGAUCAUAAAGGAACUGCAUCCGGAUAUGGUUGCUACGUAUUCAGGAAGCGCUCAAGUGUUUGAGGGCCAUCCUUUCAUUGUGGAAGCAGGACUUAGUUUGGGUGGAAAAGAUGUUAAACAAGGCCUUAAUGUUUUCCGGUUUGCCAACCGGAUUCCACUUCUGUUUGAGCAAGGUGCUGAUGUUGUCACCCGAACUGCUGUAAAGAGAAUCAAUUGGAGCAAUUACAAGAUCAACCAAGCACAAGACAAGAUUGGUGUCUUUGUGAGCAUUGUAAGCACCAAAAUUCCUUUUAAAGGGACUGGGAAGGAGUACAUUGGUGAUGACAUUAGUGAAAUAGCCUCGGCUGUCAAGACUGCUAUUCAGCAGUGUUGCAUCCAGCUAAAAUCCAAGAUCGUGAAAAGAAUACAGGCUCGUGAGCAGCAAGAGAGAAAGCGAAGUUUGAACAAGUACAUUCCUAAUGCCACAAGUGCGAUUUAUGAAAUACUAAAGGAGAUGUCUAGCUCUCAUGCUUUGAAGAGAAGACGUUACGAGGGAAAGGAUGCAGAAUUACUGAAACAAGUUUCAACUCAAAUAGUGACUGAAGGGACAUUGCGAGAAAAGCUUGCUCAACACGUGGAGCAGGUCGAUUAUGAGAUGGCGCUGGAAUAUGCAACGCAGGCUGGUGUCAAUGAGGAACCCCGCGAAGACAUAUUCAUACCUCCAUUGGAAGCUGAAUAUGAGUGCACUGAGCUUUUUAGUCCUAUUUUUGUUUUCAGGCUCGUCGCUUAGUUUCAUGUCUCCUAUGUUUUAUUAUCCUGCACGCAUAUUGUUAGUAAUGUUAUCUUAAUGAAUUACAUGUUUUUAAGCUCGUAA